AUGUCCGACAACGAAGAGCAGGACUAUGAUGAGGAGCAGCAAGAAGAAGAGGCUGCGGAGGAGGAGGAAGAGGAAGCCCCAGAGGAGCCGGAGCCGGUGGUCGAGCGAGAAGAGGAGCGCCCUAAACCCAGUCGUCCUGUGGUGCCUCCACUGAUCCCCCCAAAGAUCCCAGAAGGGGAACGCGUUGAUUUCGAUGACAUCCACCGGAAGCGCAUGGAAAAAGAUCUGCUGGAAUUGCAGACGCUCAUCGAUGUGCAUUUUGACCAGCGGAAGAAAGAGGAAGAAGAGCUCAUAGCAUUGAAAGGUCGAAUUGAGCGACGCCGGGCUGAAAGAGCCGAACAACAGCGUUUCCGAACCGAGAAGGAGCGUGAGCGGCAGGCCAAGCUGGCGGAGGAGAAGAUGCGGAAAGAAGAGGAAGAGGCCAAGAAGCGUGCUGAGGAUGAUGCUAAAAAGAAGAAGGUUCUGUCCAACAUGGGAGCCCACUUCGGAGGUUAUUUGGUCAAGGCAGAACAAAAGCGGGGUAAGCGCCAGACAGGACGAGAGACAAAACAGCGGAUCCUCUCUGAGCGUAAAAAGCCUCUGAACAUCGACUACAUGGGCGAGGACCAGCUUCGUGCACGAUCUGCAGCAGCUCCCCCUCAUCACAACCCUUUCCUCUCCACCAGGGACAAGGCCCAGGAGCUUUCCGACUGGAUCCACCAGCUGGAGUCAGAGAAGUUUGACUUGAUGGAGAAGAUGAAGCAGCAAAAAUAUGAGAUCAACGUGCUCUACAACCGCAUCAGCCAUGCCCAGAAGUUCCGGAAGGGGGCAGGGAAGGGCCGCGUGGGAGGCCGCUGGAAGUGA